AGCCGCGCCGCGCCGCCAUCGCAUCCCAUCCCUGCCCGCUGCGCCCCCGCAGAGCGCGCUGAGUCCCGGCGGAGCCGCCCGCGGCUGCCCCUCCUCGCUGGCCGGCGGCACGGCUCGGCCGCACGGUGUGUACCAGAGGAUCUUGAUCCUGGAUAGGAGCCUGUUCUUCAUGUGUCAGAACUCUUCAUUUUGAACUUUUAUUUUAAUAGUGCCUCUAAGAAGAUGUCCAGUACAGAUCCCCUCACAAAUACAGAGAAGGAGACCAUUAUGGGCCCUCAUGGAAUUAAUCGAGCUGUUCACCGCAUCUCUUUUUCUGAUUGUCAGAAUGGAUUAGGAGUUAAAAUUAUUGGAGGUUAUCGGGCACAAACAGCAGAAGAUUAUGGGAUUUUCAUAAAGAGAAUUCUACCUGGUGGGGUGGCUGCUGUAGAUAGCCGUUUGCUCACUGGGGACCUUAUCCUGGAUGUCAAUGGAGAAAACCUGGUUGGAGUAACAAAUGAAAGGGCUGUUGACAUCCUGAGAACAGCCUCAGCCUCGAAUCACAUGUCUUUGCUCGUUGCUAGAGAUGAAGAAGCAAAGAAAGAAUUUCAUGACCUAAUGGAUAAAUAUGGCUCUCACAGUGAAACACCCUCUGCAAGAACUUCUCCAACACCUCAGUUAGCUGCAAAAUCUAGAGACAGCCUUUCUUCUGGGUCAUCCUCAAGGUCACAGAGUCCUCAGUUGCUUCUGAAGGAUAACAUCACCAGCAGCAGCAGCAGCAGCAGAAAUAAUUCUGUCCCACUACUAUCCCCAAAGCUUCCAAAUGACAGUACAUUUCAGAUUAUCUCUGUUUGCAAAGGAACAAGCCUAGGUUUGAAUAUUGUGGGAGGAAUCAACAGAAAUGAAGGACCUUUGGUAUAUAUUCAAGAAAUUAUCCCUGGUGGUGACUGCCAUAAGGAUGGCCGACUGAAACCCGGGGAUCAGCUUGUGUCCAUCAACAAAGAGUCCAUGAUUGGGGUCUCCUAUGAAGAGGCAAAAAGUAUAAUCAACAGAACAAAGAUGAGGUUUGAGAAUUUUUGGGAGAUAGCUUUUAUUAGGCAGAAAAACAUACCCAGUCAUCCACAGAAUCUGCAGUAUCCUUUCAGCCUCUUAACAUCUUCUGUAGCACAUGGAGAGCCACAGGCUGCAACACUUGGUCCUCUUCCCUCUCCUAGUGGGAGGCUGGGUUCAACAUUCCCUCCAGAUGCUAUAGAAACUGGAGUCAGGAUGGGAGAGCAAUCUCCAGUUACAGCUCUUGAUAGCAAUCCUGCUGAUGUGUCUGUCACGGUUAUUGCCCCCAGCCAGAAUGAUGAUUAUGAGCCCCAAGGAAAGAACUUGAGUAUUCAUCUCAAAACAGAAAAGCUGGAGAGGGUAAAUACUAAAAAUCUUCUGAGUUCUCCUUCCUCCCCCUUCAUGAUGCAGGCAUUGAAUUAUCUUGGGAUUCAGCUCACAGAUGAACAGCAGCAAGCCCUAAGGCAGCAACUUCAUAAAGAUUCUAAAGGAACAGUGUCUUUUGGAGAUUUCAUUGAAGUUUCAAGGAAUCUGUUGUGUGUGCAAUCAAAUGCAGCUGAUGAUGGCCACAAAUCUGAAACCUUUGGGAUCAGUGAAGUUGCCAGCUUCCAGGACUCACAGUUUGUAACCUGUGAUUCCUUGGAAGAUGAUGUGGAAAAACUUAAGAAAGAAAGAAAUGAAGCUUUAAAAGAAGUGAGCAAAUUAAAGGAAGAAUUGUCUGAAUCUGUGAACUUACAGAAGCAAUUAGCAGAGCAGCUACAAGUAGUCAAGCAAGAAGCCAAGGCAGCUGUGGAGGAGACGAGAGCCCUGCGCAGCAGAAUCCACCUCGCAGAGGCUGCCCAGAGGCAGGCCCGGGGCAUGGAGAUGGACUAUGAGGAGGUGAUCCGCCUCUUAGAGGCUGAAAUUGGAGAGCUGAAGGCUCAGCUCGCUGAGCAUUCGGGCCAAAAUAAAGAGAACAUUCAUGAUUUGAGAAAGAGGGUUACAGUGCUUGACUGCCAGCUGCGGAAAUCGGAGUCGGCCAGGAAGACCUUUGAGGUGGCCACUGAAAAAUUGCUACAAUUUGUAGAGGUUGUGCAUGAAAUACUUUCAGAUAACUCUACUUCCUCAACAAUUUUAAGUGACAGGAGAACAUUGUCCACUAAAGCGCUUCUGGCUCGGCUGGGAAGGGUCGGACCUACUGCCACAGCAGCUCUUGCAGCAGAAGCCAGGGACCUUGCCAAGUCCAUCCGGGCCAUUUUGGAAGUUGAUUGUCUGCCUUAUGGAUGGGAAGAAGCUUAUACAGCUGAUGGAAUCAAAUAUUUUAUCAACCAUGUGACACAGACAACGUCCUGGAUCCAUCCCGUCACCAGCGCCCUGAGCUUGCUGUGCUCCGAGGAGGAGGAGGAUGGGCUCAGAGACCUUCCCGGGCCCAAGAGCUGAGGACAGCUGUGGACAGAGAGUUGUAUGUCUGCUUCUAGUCCCUUAGUGAGCAGAUGCACAGGUUUUUAUCUACCUACUUCUAGUGUGAUGUAGUAGUACUGGUGAUGCUUCUCCCCAUCAAGCUGGAGGAGUUCUGCUGGUUUUGAGGUGGGUUUGUUGAUGUGUGCUACAGAGGAUGCAGGGGCCACAGGAGUCCUUAAUCCGCCCCAUUUUGGUGGGCCAGGGAUCAGUCUUACCUUAGGGCCCAGUCCCAUCUUUUCAUGAUUUCCCCACAGACCUGUAAUUUCCCUGACCUGAAGCUGAAUUUUCCAGGUCAGCUGAAAUUUUCACAGCUCUGAGCAACAUGAGAUUUAAGAUGGGACCACUGGUGGUAGAUUCCAGCUGAUGGUUGACUGAGAGAUGCAAAAUGAGGUUGAGAUUUUGGACCAAAGAUAGUGAGAAAAAUGGAAAUGACUUAACUGAAAACUCUUAUUUCUAUGGGAGAAAUCUUCAAAUAAGUUUUGCUACUAGAAAUUUAGUGAUUUAUUAGAAAUAUUGGAGCCCUGAUGACCUUUUAAACAAAUACUUACUAAAAUUGGUUGUUGAGCUUUAGUAAAUGUGUCUUUGAUAAGUUGUCAAAUAAAAAGAAAGGUUUUGUAGAGGACAUCAUACUCUGACAACAGUAUGAGGCAAUAUGAAAAUUAUUCUACUUUUGUACUCUGCUAAACCAAUACAGACACACAUCAAAUACUUCAGUGGAAGCUGUGAAGUUUCAAGUACAAUGAAACCUGUGAAACCACCUCCAGGAUCAGCAGAAAUCAGUCACCUCCUCAGAACUGGUCUUUUAAGUAGAACAAAAUCAUUUUGUACACAUCAGUGAUGUUUUAAAGAGGAUAAAGAAAAUGAUGGGGGGUGCAAGUUAAUGAAAAGGUUUCUGUGUACCUCAAUAGCACAGGAUAUUUUAAAUCUCAUUAUUCACAGCACCAUGUCAGCUUUGUCAAAUGUAUGAUUCUGUGCUGCAUUUUUCUGGCGGCUCUUUAUAUGUGUGUUCUGUAUAUAAUGGUGGGUGUUACUAAUGAUUGAGACAGACCUGAACCUGCAGAAACACUGAUGGAUAUGCCAGAGGAAAUCUCUUAUCUCUGCUUCAGUCCAGGAGAGGGAAGGGAUUGUGGCAGUGUGAGGAAGGCACAGGCUGCAGUCACAUUUUUUGAGGUCUGGCUUCAGCAGGUGUGGCAUUGGAGUUAAGAAUCGUUGUCCUCUGAGGAAUGAAUAUCAAAAUCAGACUCACUCAUGGUUCUGGUGCCUUGACCACGCUCUCUGUCUUCAGCAGUGCAGAGCUGUGCCAGGUCAGGCUCACUGGAACAGUUGAUCCUUUUGAACCAAAAUAAUUCACCUUUUUUUGAAAUCCAAGUCAGGCCUCUGAAUAGCAGCCCAGUAAUCUCCUGCACUUGGCCAGAGAGCGGGAGAGCAGCACAUCACCAAACAUUCUUCCUGAAGCUCACAAAAGAGGCCUUUACAGGCUUUGCAGGAAGUAGAUGUCAGGGUAUAUUGAAUAAGCAAAUAGGAAAAAUUUGUUUUGUACUUUCAACUUGGUCAGACCCAAAUUAUCUGUGAAUCUACACAGGUGGUGUGGAUUAGGGGAAAAAAGCUUGCUCAGCAGACCCACAGUAACUUACAUUUCUAAGAAAACUUCUCCCAGCAAUAACACAUGAAUGGCUUAGCCAUGUUUGCUGCAGUGGCUCCUGCAUGCUCCAGAGCCUCCUUUGUGCUCCCAGAGAGCUCAGGCCAAAGGGACAGAGGAUGUGCUUCAGGUUCGGGCUUGGACACUCCAGAAGCAUUUUUAUUUAAAUCCCUUUUCUCAGAAUGGCACAGACUCAUGACCUACAGGAGGUAUGUCACCUGAAUUCCUUGUGGUAUUUGCUGUAGCCAUAGUAGUCAUUUGGAUGCUUUAUGACAGCACUUUCUGUUCAUACUUCAGUGAUAUCCAGCCUGCACAGGUGUGAAAUAUUCCAGCUCCCCAGUUCUGCUCAGGAGAGGUUUGAGAUUCCAGCUCCCCAGUUCUGCUCAGGAGGGGUUUGGGAUUCCAGCUCCCCAGCUCUGCUCAGGAGAGGUUUGAGAUUCCAGCUCCCCAGUUCUGCUCAGGAGAUGUUUCAGAUUCCAGCUCCCCAGUUCUGCUCCGGAGGGGUUUGAGGCACCACUUUGAGCCCUGACUCGCUGUGCUGGUGGCCGUGUCAGCCAGGUGGGUGCUCCAAAGGGCAGCAGCUGUUUAGGGCUGGGAUGUGGCUCGGGCAGGCUCUGCAGGGGCUGCAUGGGGAGCAGCUCAGAGCUGUGCUGCUGUUGGAUCCGCUGCAGGGGCACAGCUCUGCACUGCUGCCCUUCCUGGGCACAGCCUGCUGUGCACGGGACACUCUGCCUGCUCCUCUCACUGCCACCUCCCACAGACCCCAGUGUGACACAAACCUGGAGCCUCUUCCUCUCUCUCUUAUAAACUUGCCUAGAAAUUAAAGAUGUUAGAAAUAGAUCUCUGCAUCUCUUCAGCUGCUCCAGUGAGCAUUUCCCUCCUCAGAUAAUCCACCAGUUCACAUUCUCUGGGGUUGAGAAUACAUUUUCUUACCUACAGUCUCCAAAUGUUCCAGUCUAUUUUUGUACACUGGCAUACUUGUUUCCUAGGUUAUUUCUCUUGAUCUCCCCUUAUCUCUUCCUUUAUGUGAAAUGGUUUUGUGAAAAUUAUUUUGCUUAAGCUGAACUAUGUAUAUUGAGAAAACGGUUCUAGCAUAACUUGAAACAGAAUUUGUAAAGAGCAGUUGUCAACAUAUGCAACACUACAAACGGCAAAUUUUCAUUUUUAUUCCUGAACUUAAAAAAUUAAGCGGAAAAGAUACUAAAGUGCAUCUGAUAGCCUUUAAAUUAAUAAAACUACACCUUUAUAUUGUAA